UCGGAAUGAAAACCUCAAAAGCAAAGGUGAAAAAAUAAAAAUCCAUAAUAAUCUUCCUCAUCAGUCCUGGCUAGCAUAGCAUCCCUUCCUCAGCCUUCAACACACCAAACCUGUCGGCCACAGUAUUUCUCCCACACACACACAUAUAUCAUCUCCCAACUGCAUGCCUCGCUAGUACUCCUUUGAUGUUCUUUGCUCUCUCCACACUAAUCACUCUCCAUCAUUAAUGUCUAAAUCUCCCUCUCUCCCUCUACAAAUCUCCCUCUCUCCCUCCCCAUAAUCCCCAGUCCUCCUCACAAUGCCUUCUCAUCUCUCCCUCCUUCUCCUCUCUCUCUUCUCCUUCUACUUUCUCUCCACACUCUCGCUCAACCCGGAAGUCGAUUACUUGUACCAAAUCAAACUCACUUUCGACGACCCAGACAACGUGUUAGCCUCUUGGACUGCAAAUGACACCUCGCCGUGUCACUGGUAUGGGGUUUCUUGUGACCCCAUUACUAAAUUGGUCACUUCACUCGACCUCUCCGACUCUAAUUUGUUCGGAGAGUUUCCAAUGCUGGCGUGCAAAUUGCCUCACUUGAAGUCCAUUUCGCUGUACAAUAACUCUAUCAACUCCACUCUUUCGGAGCAGGUGGGGAGUUGUGGGUCUUUAGAGUACUUGAAUUUGGCGCAGAAUUUGUUGACGGGGAUGCUCCCCGCAGGUUUGUCGCGGAUUGGGGGGCUCAAGGUGCUUGAUUUGUCGGGUAAUAAUUUUUCCGGCGACAUUCCGGCGAGUUUCGGGGAGUUUCGGAGCUUGGAGGCGAUUUCGUUGGUGGAAAAUUUGUUGAACGGCGUCGUUCCGGGGUUUUUGGGGAAUAUUUGGAGUUUGAAGCAGUUGAAUUUGUCGUAUAACCCGUUUUUACCGGGUCGGAUCCCGCCGGAGUUCGGUAACUUGACGAACUUGGAGGUGUUGUGGUUGACUGGGUGUAAUUUGAUGGGUGAGAUUCCUGACUCGCUGGGUCGACUCAGUAAUUUAAUUGAUCUUGAUUUGGCGAUUAAUAAUUUAAGAGGCGCUGUUCCGAGUUCACUCACUGAGUUGACUCGGGUUGUUCAGAUUGAGCUUUAUAACAACUCUUUAUCCGGUGAGUUACCGAGGUUUGGAUGGGGGAAUAUGAAGGCGUUGAGGUUACUCGACGCUUCGAUGAAUGAGUUGACUGGGACGAUUCCUGAUGAGCUUUGUGAGUUGCCCCUCGAGUCUUUGAAUUUGUAUGAGAAUGAUUUGCAAGGCAGCGUGCCUGUAGGCAUUGCGAAAUCAGUUAAUUUGUAUGAAUUGAGGUUGUUUGGGAACCGGUUUACGGGUGAAUUGCCAAGAGAUCUUGGCAAGAAUUCACCAAUGCUGUGGAUGGAUGUGUCAAAUAAUGAGUUUUCGGGGGAGCUUCCGGGGAGUUUGUGUGAAAAAGGCGUGUUUGAGGAGCUUUUAGUGAUUUCUAAUAAGUUUUCGGGGGAGAUUCCGGUGGGGUUGGCGAAAUGUAGGAGCUUGACUCGAGUUAGGCUUGGUUAUAAUAGGUUUUCCGGGGAAGUUCCGGAGGGAUUUUGGGGAUUACCUCAUGUUUAUUUUCUUGAGCUUGCGGGGAAUUCGUUUUCUGGGGCUAUUGCAAAAACGAUAGCUGGGGCUUCAAAUUUGUCGUCUUUGAGUAUCUUCAAGAACAAUUUUUCGGGUAGUUUGCCUGAAGAGAUUGGGUUUUUGGAAAAUUUGAAGGAUUUUGCAGGGAGUAAUAAUUGGUUUAGUGGGUCGUUACCAGCAAGUAUAGUGAAUCUUGGACAACUGGAAAGACUUGAUCUUCAUAACAAUGUGUUCUCUGGUAAGCUUCCAAGUGAAAUCCAUUCUUGGAAGAAGAUGAAUGAGCUGAAUCUUGCAAAUAAUGAUUUUUCGGGAAGGAUCCCUGAGGAAAUCGGGAGCUUAUCUGGAUUAAAUUAUCUUGAUUUAUCGGGGAAUAAAUUUUCAGGGGCAAUACCGAGUGGAUUGCAGAAUUUGAAGCUAAAUCAAUUCAAUUUAUCAAGUAAUCGGUUAUCCGGAGAUAUUCCUGCAUUAUAUGCCAAGAAAAUGUACAGGAGCAGCUUCUUGGGAAACCCCAAACUUUGUGGAGAGAUUGAUGGUCUGUGUGAUGGCAGAGCUCGAGCAAAAAACAUUGGUUAUCUUUGGAUGAUAAGGUCAAUUUUUAUUCUUGCUGGGUUGGUGCUUAUUGUGGGAAUUGCUUGGUUUUACUGGAGGUACAUGAAUUUCAAGAAGGUGAAAAGUGCCAUUGAUAAAUCGAAGUGGACGUUAAUGUCGUUUCAUAAAUUGGGAUUCAGCGAAUAUGAAAUCUUGGGUGCUCUCGAUGAAGAUAAUGUGAUUGGGACCGGUGCUUCUGGGAAAGUUUACAAGGUUGUUCUAAGUAAUGGUGAUGCAGUGGCUGUGAAAAAGCUUUGGGGGGGCUCAAAAUUAGUUGAUGAGAAUGUAGAUGUUGAGAAAGGUGCUCCUAUUCAUAAUGAUGGAUUUGAGGCGGAGAUUGAGACACUUGGGAAGAUUAGACAUAAGAAUAUUGUUAGGUUAUGGUGUUGUUGUACGACAAGAGAUUGCAAACUUUUGGUUUAUGAGUACAUGCCUAAUGGCAGCUUGGGUGAUUUGCUUCACAGUAACAAGAGUGGAUUGCUGGACUGGCUAACGAGGUAUAAAAUUGCUAUGGACGCUGCAGAGGGUCUUUCUUAUUUGCAUCACGAUUGUGUUCCCCCAAUUGUGCACAGAGAUGUAAAAUCCAACAAUAUCUUGUUAGAUGAGGAUUUUGGAGCUCGAGUUGCUGAUUUUGGUUUGGCAAAGACAGUUGAUGCAAUUGGAAAGGGGAGCAACUCUAUGUCUGUCAUUGCCGGAUCUUGUGGUUACAUUGCACCAGAGUAUGCCUACACACUCCGGGUGAAUGAAAAGAGUGAUACAUACAGCUUCGGUGUUGUUAUUCUUGAGUUGGUCACGGGAAGACUGCCAGUUGAUCCUGAGUUUGGAGAGAAGGAUUUGGUCAAGUGGGUCUGCACAACUCUGGAUCAGAAAGGCAUAGACCAUGUACUCGACCCAAAACUAGAUUCAUGUUUCAAGGAAGAAAUAUGCAAACUCCUCAAUGUCGGUCUUCUCUGCACUAGUCCGCUACCUAUUAACCGUCCUUCUAUGAGAAGAGUCGUAAAACUGUUGCAAGAAAUAGGUGGCUUCGAAGGCCAAAUGAAAAGUGUUAACAAGGACGGGAAGUUGACGCCAUAUUAUUAUGAAGAUGCCUCGGAUCAGGGAAGUGUAGCCUAAUAUGUCCUGGAUAUGUGGUUUUUUCUUCUGCAGCAUGAUACUACAAGAGGAAAUUGGCAGGUACACAGACUCUGCAGUCUGCCCUUCCGUCCAUCCGCUCCCUGCCUAAUUUUUUCCUCAACACGGUGCAGCCAGCUUCUGCAGAGUUACAAUGGACUGGUAUAAGUUCUGGAAAUAUAGAUUUGAGAUCUCACUAAUAGUAACCAAUGGUGUAUGUAUGCUUGUUUGUAGAUUCUGUGUGUAUUAAAUUGCCAGGUUUCCCCCAAUGAGGUCAAGUUUUUGGCUCACUGAUUAAAGUGGCCACCCCUUAGUAUAUUUGUUAGGACCCCUUACUUUUGAAUUUGUAUUAGCAUCACCUUUUUUUUAUGAAUCAAAACUCAAAAGAGCAAAAAGGGCUUCCUCUAUUA